AUGGCUGCUUUUGGUAUUUCAUUUCCUAAACUUACUUUAUCUCGACCAUCAAUACCAAAAACUGAUACUAAUAUUGUUCCAUCAUCGUCAACACCAACAAAUAAUACUCGAAAUCUUUCACUUUCGAUAAAAAAUGUGCCAAGUCAACCACUUCAUUAUGAUGUUUCAUCAACAACAACAACCGCAACAGUGAAGAAAAAACUAAUAUCAACUCCGACGAUGCUUGCUAUUGAUGGUGAGACUAAACAAUUACCAAAGAAUUUAUCUGUUUUCAAUGAGCUUCAACUUGAUGAGGAAGCUGAAGACAUCAAUGAAAAAAGAAAACGAACAAAGAAUUCAACAAAUGUUGCUGUUUCUUCAUUAUUCUCUUCUACAAGAACUAUAGAUGAUCGUCCGGAUAUUCGAUUACUUCCAAGUAUUGAUUCAAAACAAAUAUUACAUGAAUCGAUCGAUCAAGAAAAACAAAUAAGUCAAGAACGAAGAUCAAAUCAUACAUUCACACCCCCAACAUCAAGUUUAAGUAAUGAUUCAUUAUCGGAUGAUUUACAUGUAACUUUAUCAUCAUUCUCAGUCGAUUUACCUCAACUUAAAUAUGCUAUUGAAAAAUUUCUUGUUGAUGAUAAUAAUCCAACUUAUGAAAUAGCUGAAGAAUUUUCAACGGAUUGUUCUCAGUCUCAUCAAUAUUGUCAUGAAAAUAAUAAUCAUAAUUCAAAUGUAACGAUGUCUGCUUUACAACAUGAUCAAAUGGAGAGUACAGAACUUUAUUCAAUGCAUGAAAAAGAUGUUAAUAAUGAAAUACCAACUGAUUCUUCACAUAUGUCAAAUAGUUUUAAAUGGUAUGUGAGUGAAUUACGAAUCAAUCGACCAUUGAUCUAUCGAACACAAUGUAUAAAUAGACAAGAAACUAUUAAGAAUCGAAAACUUAGUCAUUCAGUAAAUGAUCUUAUGCAUAUUUAUAAUGUAAAAAAACAUUCAGAAAUUGGUAAAUAUAAAAUAAUAUCAAAGAAAACAGAUGAUAUUGCAUAUUCAACUUUAUCAUUACAAAAUAUUCAUAAUCAACAAAUUUAUUCUCAAUCUAAUGAUAAUAUUAUUCUUAAUAAUUAUUUAUCAUGUACAGAUGAUGAUUUUAAUAUUGUCAAUAGUAUUGAAAAUAUUAAACAAAUAUCACCACUUAUUAUUCAACGAACAUUAAAUCGAUCAUUGAGUCGAGAUGAUACAUUAAUUCGAAAUGAAUCAGUAAAAAAAAAAUUAUUUGAUAUAUUAAAUGACGAUGAACUUGAAAAUGCUUGUAUAGAAGAUAUGAGUCUAGAAUUUGAAAAAAUGACUAUUACUCAUCAUCACCGUCGUGAUCUUCCAAUUAUUAAUUCAUUUUCAUCAUCAGAUGAUGAUGAAGCUAUCUAUUCUUCACCACCGAAUGAACUUCAUUUACCGCCACCACUUUCAUCUUCUUACAAUGAAAAUCUUUCAACGCAUACAAAUAAUACUACGGAAUGUUAUCUUGGUCGAUCGCGUUUAAUUACAACAAGUCUUGAUAAAAUUCCAAUGAAUAAUAAUGCAUAUGAUCAUCUAUCUCCAUCAUAUAUUUUACGUCCAUCAUAUGAAUCUACUCAACCAUCUUGGUAUACGUCACCAUCACCACAAUGGCGUACCGAUGAUCAAUUACCGAUGAUGUCAAUAUUAAAAAGACAUUCAUUAAAAAAUGAUAGUUAUUUGAAUGGAACUGAUAAUAUUAAUCAUAAUCAACUAGUUACUGAUUAUGAUAUUAAAGAGAAUAAGUUUAUACCAAAGUAUAAUCAUCAUCGAAAAGAACAAAAACAUGUGAGCUAUUCAUUAAUGAAUACAUCAACGCCAUUAGUUGAUGAUUCUACGCCAAUGCUUCCUAUUAUUCAAGAUAAAUCACCCAAUCUUCUUAUGUUUAUUUAG